GUGUUUAAAUUUCCGGUAGGAUGUUGUUUGGCUACACACACAUGGAAACAUGUUCCGACCAAUGCUCCAUUUCUAGAAUAAUCUGGAUUAUUUUAAAAGAUCAGUCUUGAAUAACUUAUUUUAAUCGAAGGCGUCUAGGAAGAAAGAUGGCUAAGGUGAUAACACAGCAGACCUUUGAUGAUGUGGUGAGGGAGAAUAUGGAGGAGUUUGGAAUGGAUGCCGAUGAAGCAAUAGAUGAUGCAGUAAAGCAGUUUGAGUCACAGAGUGUGAACCUCAGUAAUAUUGUGAAAGACUCGAGGCUGUUUUCUGGACAGGGAGAUGCCACUGAACACCCAGUUAUAACAGCUAUCAAAAACCUGAAGAUUUCUCUGGACAGUGAAGGAUCUUCAAAUGCAGAGAUAACAGACUGUAUUGUGAUGAUACGAGCUGAGUGUGAUGUUGAUCUGUCGAGGCGAUGUCUAGCUGGCAAUAACCAAGCUUACCCAGCCCUGAUACAGGCUGUAGAAAAGUUUCUUACAGAUGAUAAAAUGCUUCAAAAGACUUUAUUGUCCUUGCUGUCUCUCACCGAUGGUCAACCCGAUUUGUUAGACGAUCAUGGCUGUACGUUACUGAUGGAUAUGUUGGACACUUUUAGGAACAAUGAGGAUUUGUUGUAUCUCACAGUUGGAGUUAUUACGAACACAUGUACAAAGCAUGAGGGAAACCGUCAGAUGUUUGUAAAGAAAGGUCUUAUUUCGAAAUUAUCGGAGGUGUUAAACUGGCACAAAAGUAGUGAAAAGGUGGUGAUAGAGACCUGUGGGGCCCUCCGAGUGCUCACCUUAGAUGACGAUAUUCGAGUGCCAUUUGGACAGGCACAUGAGAAUGCUAAAUCCAUUGUGACAGAAGGAAAUGCUUUAGAAACACUUCUGAAUUUGUGUAAAGAUUACACUGCCAACCCAAGUGUUCUAAAAGAGCUGUUCUCAACACUAACCAAGCUGUUGGUGAGAUCUGAGUUUUGUAAGGCUGUGAGUGACAUGGAAGGAUUAGAAUUUAUCCUGCGGGCGUUACAAAACAGUGUCAAAGAUAAGGGAGUUGUGAGGCAAGCUCUUGGUCUCAUAAAAGCUUUGGCAGGAAAUGAUGAAGUAAAAGUAGAAGCUGUAAAGAGCAAUGCAAUGGAGAUAAUCUUAGUGGCCAUGAUUAAACACCAGGCCAACUCGGCAGUGGCUGAACUGUGUUGUGCUUCGAUAGCCUCUCUGAUCCUGCGUAAUCCAAAUCACUGUACUACAGUCAUGAAUCUCUGUGGCCACCAGUCCAUCAUCCAGGCCAUGAAAAUACAUCCCAAGGUAGCCGGUUUACAGAAACAAGCUUGCAAUGUGCUGAGGAAUCUUGUGGCCAGAACAAGGGAACACUGUGAACCUAUUUUGGAAUUAGGAGCUGAGGCCCUGAUUAACGAAGCCCUUAAAAACCACCCAAUUUGUGAGGAUGAUGCCAAAGCUGCCCUUCGGGAUCUAGGGUGCCAUGUGGAACUGAAGGAACGCUGGAAGGGAGUAAAGGGAAGCUUAGUUUAUGAUUAAUUGUAGUACUUCAAUGUUAAUUUUAGUUUUUAAGUCGCCUUACUCAUUUGACAUCAUUGCAACAUAUAUGUUGAAAUGAAACCAAGGAAUGUUACAAUCUGUUAGAUGCGAGAUAGAAUUACCCAUUAUUGUGGUAAGUACAUAUACCAAUGUUGUGUUUUAUGUUUUACACCUUCUAAUUCUGAAAUAAUGCUGUUUUGUUAUGGAAAAAAGUCUCUGUGUCUCCAUUCUCCCCAGCUAUCAAUUUCUUGUUUUUUUCUCAUUUUUUUAUUCUUCAUAGAUGACAUUUAAUUAUCAGUGUCUAGCAUGUUUAUCAUGACAUGGAAAUCAAAGGAACACAUGACAUGCACACUUCAAAAAAAUGGUGUCGCACAGGGCACUUAUAGGAAUGUUGGAAUUCACUUCUGAAUAUAGAAUAAUGAAUCUUAAAAGUAUUUUUCAUCAAAAACUGUUAAAUAUGUACAUAAGAUACCUUUACCAAUUUUCACAGGACUUAUUUAAACGACAAAAGUAAAUGAUUUUGCUUUAAACUGUAUAUUUUACUGGUGCAAUGAUGGGUGUGUCGAUAAUCCCGUUCUAACUCCAGUAACUUGUAUGAAAAUUACAAAAUAUUUGCAUAAUUAUCACCAUGAUCAAAAGGCUGGUGAAUUAUUGUUUCAUCAAAUUGAUGAGUGUGGCUUUUUUCCUCCCGAGAGGAAAAACCAAAAAAUGACAUUAAGGGUACAUGUACUUUGAUGUUAAUUUCUAUGCUGUGUUUCUUUAAAGCACUGUAAAAUGUUUUUGUCUAUUUAUUUCAUAUUUAACUUAUUAUGCCUAAUGAAUAAAUUUGUGACA